AUGUUCUGGACUUGGGACAGCACCCUUGCGACGAUAUUGCAUCGCGAGCUGCUUCUGGACACUUUGUAUGCAGAGCGGGAUGCCACUUCAAGCGCGCCGAGGGAAGCUGAGGCACAGUUCUGUUCAGACUUUUUGAUCAACUCAAUGCUAGCAGUCUCUAUGGAUUUUUUUAAGAGUACCGACUUUGACGAGCCUCCAACCCAUCGGGAUUUCGCGGACGAGGCUUUCCGACUCUUUGCGUCGCAAGAUCAUGCAGCGCAAUUACCCUUGCUGCAAGGAAUUGCCAUAAUGUCAAUUUAUGAGCAAGCCUUUGGCGACCCGCUCAGGGGGGUCAGCUUGUUUUUCGACACCCUGUACACUUUACGGUCAACCUCGGAGAUUCUUGAUGUCCCUUUGUCGUACGACAACUACGGAAGUCCGAGAGCAAACAAACUUCAACAAGCAAUUGCCUUCAUUUCCAACGGAUUCCAUUACUUGGACGUGUAA